UCUGUCUAAAAUUCACACUCCAGUGGAUGCAUCGAAGAGCAACUUGGGGUUACUAUCUUGCCCAAGUAUAUCUGGCAUGCAGGCUAGUUCAGACAGAGGAUCUGUUGCUGUUGGUUUUGGCAAGUAAGAAGAAAAAAUAGAAGAGCAUUCAAAUAGAUUACAAAAUUCUGAUUUCACUCUACAUUAGUUACAGUCACAGAUACAUAUCUUGAAACAAAGACUACACAAAAUGAAACAUCUGAAAACGAACCUAUAACUCUUUACUAAGAUAUAAAUAAUCGUUUUUCAGUUUGUUUUUUAAUAAAGCCUAAAUGCCAAAAACUCUAUAUUAGAUCACAAUAAACCACAGCUAGUUUUCAUCAUUUGAGUCACAAGCCAUCUGUAGAAAACAGUGGUUUUCAUCAUGGUACCUGGCUGGAGGAGGCUUUCCAAUGAACAACCUCAAGGAAAAAAGAAUCCCUGAAGUGAAUACAACUUGUGUAUGAACAAAAAUGGACACAACAAUAUCACAUGUCCAAGACUGAUCUUCCCAAGUACAUGAAAAGCCCAUGAAAAGAAAAUCCACGAUCAAGUUCAAGAGAAAUAUUUCCAUGGCAUUGGUGUCACCUGCAUCUUCCAAGACAAAUAUUUCACAAGAUUCACAACAAAAAAAUCUUGAUUUAGGACAGAGGCAGGUCUUUCCAGCAGAAUCCCCAUCCUUACCAUGUGAUUCAAAUACAGUUUUCACUAAAAAACUAGAAUUACCAAUUCCAGCUAACUUUGACUUGAGUAAAGCACAAUUUGACAGCACAGUGAACAAUCAAAUUAGUGCACCACAGGAAAAAGACAAAAUGUCAUCUCCCACAAGUGAAGAUUAUGGCUUAGUUAAACCAAGCUUCAUGACUCUAGAAUCAGUCUCUCAAACAGCUCAAGAUAGCCCAGAUGCUGCAACUGUCAUGUCCUCAGAAUCCACACCAACACCACCAGGGUCUGGGUCCCCUCAGCUUGACCAGCUUCUGUCAGAUCUGGAGGAGAUGAAACUUAAGUUUAGACCAGAGGCACUUAAACCACAUUCAUCUGAAUCCACCAACGAGAUCCCUGCAGUUGACCAAAUGUAUGAGUUCCAAGAUAUUUUCCUUCAGGAUCACGGCCCUGCAGAAUAUAGUGAUAUGCUAAAAGUCAAUCUAUCAUCUGCUGCACAGCUUGCAGUAGAUAACCCAGAUAUUCCCAUUACAGAGCAUCCACAUUUCCAGACAUCCAUUCAGCUUGAACAUGAAAUGGUCUCAGUCAUUCCCGAUGUAACAAAACUUGUCACAAGCGUACCAUCAAGCUCUGGUCUUCAUAAAGACAGUUCUGAGUCCUCUAAUGAAUCCCUUUUGAGCCCAGAAUCUUCCCAAAGACUUUGUGAAGAAAUGGAACAACCAAGUUUUCAUGUGGAUGCAUUUCAGUUAAGCACACAUGGUCUAAAUAAUACUCAGAAAUUUCCUUCAGUUGCUACAAAGAGCAAGUCUGACAUACCUGAGAAAGAUAUUUGUUGGGAAGAUGCUACAACUGACAUUCUUCAGAGUCAAGAAGCACAUGAAUUAGCUUUGCCAUCUAAUGACUUUAAAGGUGUGACAGAAUCACAGACUAACCCAGAUAGACUUCAGUUAUGGGCAGCAAACUCUGUUGACAGUAUACAUAAUGAAGAUUUGUCUUCACAGUCUCUUUCUGAUUUGACUCCUGAGACAGUGAUAUCUGCAAGAAAUUUCAGCUUUGAAGAACUGGUGCCCAAUUCCUCAUCAAGGAACUUAAAAAUAUCUUCAGAUGAGGACAGGACCAGUGAACACCAUUCAGAAGGAUCUCUGACUUCAGUAGACGAUGAAUGUUUUGACUCUGAGUCUUCUUCAGUCAAACCCAAAACUGAUUCUUCUUCAGCCUCUGAUGAAGAGUACAACUUGCCACCUGGCUAUGCAGAGGCCUCCUCUAUUUCAUCUACCUAUACUCAGAUACCUUCAGGAUAUAGUCCUAUAGUGCACAGUGGUGCAGACAGUCCAACCAAUGAAUAUUCUGACCCAGAGCCUUACUUUGACUGCAAACAGGGUUCAUCCGAUUUCUCAGAGCCUGAUCCCGAUGAAUCUGAGACAAGAGCUAGGUCAAGUGGAGGUCAAGCCCAGGAUCACUCUAGAGUGCAGGAAAAGUUGAAUCAAAAAGUACUGUUGUCUUCUGGAAGUGAAGAUUACGAAGACGCUUCUUUUGUCCAUGAGCCUCUUUAUCAUGUAGAUGUAAAGAGAGAAGAAAUGCAAGAAACAUCAGAUGAAGAAUUCACCUUGUGUGAGACUUCACAACCACCACCUAUCUGUGAAACUGCAGCAUAUCAUGAUACUGAUAAAUCUCUGACAAGGGUAAGAUGAGAGUUGGUAAAAAAAACUGCAAGUGUUUUCCCCAGAGCUGAGCUUGGCCAAAUGACUAUAUUUGCUUCAGAGAGGAAUGACUGCUGGUAACCCUGUAGCCACGUGAAUGGGAGCUAAAACUCCUUCUAACCCUUAAUUUGUUUUGAUUUCACAUUUGACUAAUCCUAACUUAGCAUGUCACUUUGCUGCCUGUAACUAGUAGGAUCACUCACAGUGAUAACAUGAGUUACUUUUUUUUUCAUCAGUAGGCACAUUUAUUGUCAUCUAGGUAAGAGCAUGGUGUAUUUUCUUUUUUUGUUUAAUUAUAGACUGCCAUGUUGUACUUUCAGUGUAAUGUACAAAACGACAUGCAAUCAUCUGAAAGUGCAACAUAUCACUCUGCUUCUUGCUUGCUUUCCUGCAAACCUAGCAUUCAUGCUGUCAUUCAUUAUUAAAUGUCAAUGGAUUUGUGUUGCUUGGUCAGGAGAUCAACGCUGAGCUUGGAUCAAU